CCCACGCCCGCCGCAGGCCGAGCUCGGGUGUCCCCCGAGACCAAGCGGCGCGGGUGGCGCGGCGGCCCCCUCCCCGCGCUCCAGCGUUGGGCUCCCAGCGCCUCGCCCGCCCCCGCCCACACCUCGUGGGCGGGGCGCCCCCCUCGCCCCCGCCUGCUCUCCGGCCGCGGCCCCCCCUCCCGCUCGGGUGGCUGGGCUGGGCUGGGCUGGGCUGGGCGGCGGGCGGAGCGGCUCCCGGCCUUUUUUGGGCGUCUCCUUGCUCCGCGCGGACCUGCGGGCGGGCGCUCGGCGGGCGGCGGCGGCGGCGGCGGCUCUGGGGGUCCCGAGGCGGCCCCGGUUCGGCGCGCUCGGCCAUCAUGACGGGAAGUAACACGUCCAGUGCCUUGGCCAACGCCGUGUGCCAGCGAUGCCAGGCCCGCUUCGCCCCCGCCGAGCGGAUUGUCAGCAGCAGCGGGGAGCUGUACCACGAGCACUGCUUCGUGUGCGCCCAGUGCUUCCGGCCCUUCCCCGACGGGCUCUUCUACGAGCUCGAAGGGCGGAAGUACUGCGAGCACGACUUCCAGAUGCUGUUCGCUCCGUGCUGCGGGACCUGCGGCGAGUUCAUCAUCGGCCGCGUCAUCAAGGCCAUGAACAACAACUGGCACCCCGGGUGCUUUCGCUGCGAGCUGUGCGACGUGGAGCUGGCCGACCUGGGCUUCGUGAAGAACGCAGGCAGGCACCUGUGCCGACCCUGCCACAGCCGUGAGAAGGCCAAGGGCCUGGGCAAGUACAUCUGUCAGCGCUGCUACCUGGUCAUUGACGAGCAGCCCCUCAUGUUCAAGAGUGAUGCGUACCACCCAGACCACUUCAGCUGCACCCACUGCGGGAAGGAGCUGACUGCAGAGGCCCGCGAGCUGAAGGGCGAGCUCUACUGCCUGCCCUGCCAUGACAAGAUGGGUGUCCCCAUCUGUGGGGCCUGCCGCCGGCCCAUCGAGGGCCGUGUGGUCAACGCGCUGGGCAAGCAGUGGCACGUGGAGCACUUUGUCUGCGCCAAGUGUGAGAAGCCGUUCCUGGGGCACCGGCACUAUGAGAAGAAGGGCCUGGCCUACUGUGAGACCCACUACAACCAGCUCUUUGGGGACGUCUGCUACACCUGCAGCCACGUGAUCGAGGGUGACGUGGUGUCGGCCCUCAACAAGGCCUGGUGUGUGCACUGCUUCUCCUGUUCCACCUGCAACAGCCGGCUCACCCUGAAGAACAAGUUCGUGGAGGUCGACAUGAAGCCCGUGUGUAAGAGGUGCUACGAGAAGUUCCCGCUGGAGCUGAAGAAGCGGCUGAAGAAGCUGUCGGAGCUGGCAGCCCGCAGGGCGCAGCCCAAGCCCGCGGGCCUCCAGCCCGCCUGAGAGGCCCGCCCGCUGCUCCCCGCGGCUUCGCUGCCCGCCCCCGCUGCCCGAACCUGCGGCUUCUCCCUGCCCGUCUCUCCGCUCAGCAUCCUCCUCCCCGCCACAAGGCAUCCCGUCCCUCCCCUCCCUCCUUCCACGAGGCCAGAGGCCACGAGGCAGGGGCCUGGGCGUGGCAAGCCUGUGACACGUCCUCGUCCACAGCUUCAGCCUGAGGUCUUCCAGGGACAGAAGCAAGUAGGGCCAGGGUCACCUGGGUCGGCCUGUCCUGACCUGUCCCAUCCCUGCAGGAGGCCUCGUGGCUCACAUUCUGUGGCAGCUUGGCCAGCCUCCGCCCCCCGGGGCCCGGGUGUAGCCCACGGCCAGGUGGCCACCCGGACCCCAGGGCCUUGUGGGUGGGCGCCCCCGGGGAACCACCCUGCAGUCCCCCGACCACGCACGCGCUCAGCCAAGCAGGAGCCUCGUGCCCAGGCCAGGCCGGUGAGUCCUGCUUCUUCAGCCCACGCAGCAGCAGGAGGGCCCCCGCUCGCCCCGCCGCCAGGGCACACGCUGACUCCCCGGUGCAGCCUGGGGCCAGGAGGUGGUGGGCUCUGGUGGGUGGCUCGUUCCUGCCCUCCGGGGAGGACAGCGUGGCACCCUGGUGUUGGGACUCACACUUGCACAACAAAUGAAGGCUUCUCUACACGA